CCCUAUCACUUUGAGGAAGUGGACCGGUCUUCAGAGGAUAUAUAAGGCAUCCAGCGAAGAUCCAAGCUCAUUCUUCUCCAGAGCCCAGAGCUGUUGCCUUUGGAAUUGAUUGGACUGUGGAGACUUGAAGGUGUUUGCCACCAGUAAGUGAGCACAUAAACUCUGAACUGAAUUUAACAGAGUUACUUACUGAACUAGAGAGAAGACCUCUGUAACAGUACUGAGUUCAGAGAUGUUCUGAGUUGGCUGGACAGUGGACAGCUCUGAAAGUUACAGCUGUUGACCCAUCCAGAGAACACAGAACUCCUGACUGGAUGGGACUGAUUUUCAUACCAGCAUUGAGGAGACCAAAUCUACAACUUUCUGAGUUGUUCUGAGUGGCUGGACCGUGGACAGCUCUGAAAGUUACAGCUGCUGACCCAUCCAGAGAACACAGAAGUCCUGACUGGAUGGGACUGAUUUUCAUACCAGCAUUGAGGAGACCAAAUCUACUACUUUCUGGUUGCUCUGUCAGAGGCGGUAAGAAGACUCUUCUUGUGUGAGUGCAGGAGACACGUGCAGAGAAGGGCUUCCCCUGCCAGCGCCUGAAGUACCUGUGCCUCCUCCACAGAAACAGAGGAUCGCACACACUGCAGGACUUCAGAAAUAACUCACCUGCUGAAUCUUGAGAGUGAAGCAGCUGAAGAUUCUGCUGAGGUGUCUGAACUGCUGGGAUCACAUAAGUGUCCCAAAGACCUAGAAAUGGCGAUGCCUAAACGCCAAGAUGACUGGUCCAAGGAAGACAUUGUGCGGUUACUGGAAAGUAUGGAGAAAAGCAUUCCAUCCAGUGAUGGGCACACGUUCAAAUCAACCCAGUCAGUGAUGGACUGGGAAAAAGUAGCUUUUAAAGAUUUUUCUGGGGAAAUGUGCAAACUCAAAUGGUUAGAGGUUUCCCAUAAGGUGAGAAAGUUUCGCACGCUGAAAGAAUUAGUCCUGGCAGCUAAGGAAAAUGUUAGCAAUCCUUCCAAAAAACACAAGAAAACACAGAAAACACAAGAAAACACCAGGAAACACAAGAAACAUGCUUAUUUGUUCCAGAAGUCCCUGACAGCUUACCGGCACAUUUCCCAAGUGAUGCGACCCCAGUACAUCCAAAAACACCCCAAGAUAAGCAACCAGGAGCUGACCAGGGUUCCGUCUGAGGAACACAGGAAGGUGCCUGAGCAGCUGAGGGUGAGACACAGUCAGGAUCUUGAGAAAGAGAAAAAGGAUAUUAGGGAAAAAAUAGCUCUGUUCAGAGCACAGCACCCUGAUCUAGUCCCAAACCCUGAGAAAUCUGAUGUCCCCCAAAUAAGUGAAAUGAAAGGGCCGGAGAAGUUUCAGGAGAAUGUUCAAAAAGUGAAGUCUCCCCCAGAAAAGAGUUUACCCAUACAGUGGAAAUUCCACGGAGAGCCCAAGAAGCCCCCGAUGAAUGGCUAUCACAAGUUCCACCAGGAUCUCUGGUCGAGCAGGGAGCUGAAAGUGGUGCCCCCGAGGGAGCGCAUGGUGGAGAUCAGUAGACGCUGGCAGCGGGUCCCCCAGGACCAGAAGGAGCUUUAUAAGAAGCAGGCACAGGGACUGCAGACGCAAUACAAGGUGGACCUUGAUCUCUGGCUCAGGACUCUGUCUCCUGAAGAAUAUGCUGCUUACAGAGAGGCGACCUGUGCUAAGCGUAGGAACAUGAGCGUGACGGGGGGCCCGAACCCCAAGAUUAGAAGGAUGGAUCUGCAGUCCCCAUCAUCAGGGAAUCUGCAAGGAAGGCUUAGAGAGGACCUGGGGCUUCAGGCUGCAGAGUUAGCAUCAUCAGACACGACUGGAGAACAUUCUCCUGCCUCAGGGAGAUCAGAGGAAAACGAGGAAGAGGAGGAAGGCAGCCGCUCCUCAGCCCCCAGCAGUGAGGAUGAAGACGGAGAUUCUGAGCCGGAGGACCAUGGCUCCAGCUCAUCGUCCUCAGGGGACUCCUCUGACUCGGAUUCCAACUGAGUUUAGUUCACAACCUGAAGAGACAGAACUUUCAGCAAAAGUCCAUGGGCUCGUCUCUCCGUGCUUUUUCAUUGCCUUCCUUCUUUCCCUCCCUCUUCAUACAAAGUGGGACCUUUUGGAAAGAAGGCAUCUUGAGCUGUAAUUUCUAGCCUUUCCAUCCACCCCAUGUUCACCCCGAGAGAAAGUCAAGGCAAUGACGCCUCGUGGAAUAAACCCUGAGCUGACUGGGCUGUGGGGCUCCCUGGACUAGACUGAGCUCCCUGAACUGGAAAGGCUUGCUCUCCUCACCCUCUGCCUGUCAGACGUGUGAGGGGCUCCAGGGCUGUGUGAGCCCCUUCUCUGUGACCU